UCUAUCCACCUGAAAUGAAAAUAACUACAUACAUACGUACGUGCAGUUAAGUUACUCCGUACGGAUCCGUAGCAAGUGCAGCGCAAGCAAAAGUCCUGCCUUGCCUUGAGCCUGAAUUUGACGACCAGGCCAACAGGGUUUCUUUCAGCUGAGAGCACCUUACCCUUGGAUACUUGUGAUCUUUUUCCCAACUUCCUCCUUACUGGUUCUUCUUCCUCUCAUAAAGGUGACGCCGAGCGACUGUGAUAUCAUUUGUAUACAAUCGGUGGUUUGAAGUGCUCCAGCGCUGAUUUAUUCCAAGGCGCUGGAUGAGACGAUCCUUCGUGAUCCUGCGCAACAGCAACAGCUACAGCUCCAGCUUCCGCUCCAGCUUCACGCGCCUUGCAAAGCCUGCCACCUCGACUGGUAAUACUCCCCUGGCACACUUUUACGCGACUUCGAACUUUGCGACCCAAUGCCGCCGUCCCUCCACUCAAGCAGUUGAAAUACAGCCGCGAAACCCCAAGGGCACAGAAGUCAAACCCGACAUCAUGAACGGCGCAUCGACCAAGCGCAAGGCGUCGCUGCCCUCUGGACACGAGGAACGCCCGGUGAAGCACCGAUUUCUUGCCCCCAAUGGCGGCGUCGACUCGCCCGGGCUUAACACUCCAGACGUCGAGAGGAGUCUAGACGACCACGAGGACGAGGAGAUGAUCCCCCAGUUCUUUCCUGUACAGCAGGCCGACACAGCAGAAUGGCAGGCCACCGUCGAAAACGUCAUCAGGAAUGUAGUCUCUAUCCGCUUCUGUCAGACGUGCGCUUUCGACACAGACGCCGCCCUGACGAGCGAGGCCACCGGUUUCGUCGUCGAUGCUGAAAAGGGAUACAUCUUGACGAACCGCCACGUCGUGGGCUCUGGUCCAUUCUGGGGUUACGUCGUAUUCGAUAAUCACGAAGAGGUCGAUGCUUACCCGGUAUAUCGAGACCCCGUCCACGAUUUCGGCAUCCUACGUUUCGACCCCAAGAAGAUCAAAUACAUGCCUGUUACUGCUCUGACCCUGCGCCCGGACUUGGCCAAAGUUGGAAUCGAGAUUCGCGUUGUCGGAAAUGAUGCUGGCGAGAAGCUCAGUAUCUUGUCUGGUGUUAUCAGUCGGCUCGAUCGUAAUGCUCCCGAGUACGGCGAAGGAUAUAGCGACUUCAACACCUGCUACUACCAAGCCAACGCAGCAGCAAGUGGCGGUUCAUCUGGCAGUCCUGUGGUGAAUAAAGAUGGCCACGCCAUCGCACUGCAAGCUGGCGGAAGAUCCGAUGGCGCUUCUACCGAUUAUUUCUUACCUUUGGACCGACCUCUCCGAGCCUUGAGGUGUAUACAAGAAGGAAGGCCCGUCGAGCGUGGAAGUAUCCAGUGUCAGUUUCUCAUGAAGCCCUUCGAUGAGUGCCGACGCCUUGGCCUCAGCCCGGAAUGGGAGGCUGCUGUUCGACUGAGAUUCCCCAAGGCAACAAACAUGUUAGUCGCAGAAAUUGUCUUGCCAGAGGGCCCAUCCCACAACAGGAUCGAAGAGGGCGAUGUGCUCAUCAAGGUCAACGGCGAGCUACUUGCCGAGUUCAUCAGACUAGACGACAUAUUGGAUUCUCAUGUCGGAAAGACAAUUCGCAUAUCACUACAACGCGGCGGUGAAGACGUCGAAGUCGACAUUGAUGUCGGAGAUCUUCACGCCAUUACACCUGACCGAUUCGUUUCCGCUGCUGGUGCAAGUUUCCACAGUUUGUCAUACCAGCAAGCCCGUCUCUAUGGCGUGGCAUGCAAGGGCGUUUUCGUUUGCGACUCGACUGGGUCGUUCCGUUUCGAGUCGGCGGAUAAUGGUUGGAUGAUACAGAGCGUGGAUAAGAAAAAGACGCCUGAUCUCGAGACCUUCAUUGAAGUCAUGAAGGGGAUUCCCGACAAGAAGCGAGUGGUUGUCACGUAUAAACAUCUUCGCGAUCUCCACACACUCAACACCACGAUCAUCAAUGUUGACAGACAUUGGUCUGCCAAGAUACGUCUAGCAGCUCGGAACGACGUUACCGGUUUAUGGGAUUUCUCCGACCUCGCAGAUGCUAUCCCUGCAGUACCACCCGUAAGACGCAAGGGCAACUUCAUCCAGCUAGAGCAUACAUCACAUCCCGCUGUUGCUGAUCUGGUCCGAAGUUUUGUACAUGUCAACUGCACGAUGCCCGUGAAGCUCGAUGGGUUCCCCCGCAACCGGAAGUGGGGCAUGGGUUUAGUCAUUGAUGCUGAGAAGGGACUUGUCGUCAUUUCCCGCGCCAUCGUACCUUACGACUUGUGUGAUAUCUGGAUCACUAUUGCCGAUUCGAUCGUCGUCGAAGGCAAAGUCGUCUUCUUACAUCCAUUGCAAAACUACGCCAUCAUCAAGUACGACCCGGACUUGGUGGAUGCCCCAGUUCAAAGUGCCAGAUUGAGCACCCAGGCUCUGACGCAGGGCGCGCCGACGACCUUUCUGGGCUACAACAGAAGUGGCAAGAUUGUCCAUGCUGCAACCACAGUUACAGAGAUAACUGCCGUAGCCAUACCUGCAAACUCUGGCGCGCCUAGAUACAGAGCGACUAACGUCGACGCCAUCACUGUUGACACCAGUCUAAGUGGUCAAUGUGGAAGUGGUGUGCUGGUCGCCAAAGAUGGCACUGUUCAGGCUCUGUGGCUGACGUAUCUCGGUGAAAGAUCAGCUCAUAGCUCCCGAGACGAAGAAUACCACCUAGGUCUCGCUACACCGACGUUACUUCCCGUUAUCUCGCAAAUCCAGCAAGGCAAGAAGCCUAGCCUUCGAAUACUUUCGAUGGAGUUUAGGGCUAUCCACAUGUCGCAAGCACGGGUGAUGGGCGUGUCUGAAGAAUGGAUCGAAAAGGUAUCCCAGGCCAACAAGCAUGCCCAUCAGCUCUUCAUGGUUUCCAAGCGCACUUUCGAGCGCGGCAACGAACCACAGGUCCUACACGAAGGUGAUAUCAUUAUCACUUUGAAUGGCAAGAUGAUUACCCGGGUUUCCGAGUUCGAUAUCAUGUAUGACCACGAAGUCCUCGAUGCUGUCAUCGUCCGCGACUCGGAGGAGAUCAACCUCAAAGUCCCUACAGUCUCAGCGGAUGGUCUUGAGACCGACUCUGCGAUUUCUUUCUGUGGUGCUAUCCUACACGCACCACAUCACGCUGUCCGACAGCAGAUCAGUAAGCUGCAUAGCGAGGUCUACGUAUCUGCUCGAACCAGGGGUUCUCCCGCAUACCAAUACGGUUUGGCUCCAACCAACUUCAUCACGCACAUCAACGGGAAGAAGACGCCUGAUCUCAAGACGUUCCUUGCGGAGGUGAUCAAGAUUCCCGACAAUACUUACUUCCGCAUCAAGGCUAUGACCUUUGAUAACGUGCCGUGGAUUAUUACAAUGAAGAAAAAUGAGCACUACUUCCCAACAGUUGAAUGGAUCAAGGACGCCUCUGAGCCGUGCGGCUGGAAGCGGAUUGCAUAUGAGGAUAACGGCAAGCCCCACGAGGGUGAGCCCACAGAAGGUGUUUUGACUGGCACUGAGGACACCGGCGACAUUGACGAGGUGCUUGUGUAGAUGUUACAAGGAACAAGGAAUAAUAGUGCUCGUCGCACAUACCCGUAGAGGUACUCUGUACUAAGAGCCGGGGUAGUUGUGUAUUUGUACCACAAAUGGCUGUAAAAUGGGGUGAUAAAAGGAGAACCUAUUGUGGGUUUGGUUGUCAUUAUUGAACUACCGUAGAAGUAGGUAUUAGCAUUUGCUUGCAGUAACACCAACUGCACCGCCUGGAUCAAAUCAUUUUCCAAA